AUGGACGAUUUACCGAGACAAACCGGAUUCCUCUUUGCAGUUAUGUAUUGCGUUGGGAUUAUUCACUCGAUUCCCACGCUUGAACCAUCCAACGAUCACUUCAAAAAAAUCACACCAAAUAAACAUCUCGUGGACAUCGGAGGAAUCAGCCUGAUGUUGGGACCCUUCCUUGUCAACACACCGAUCUCAUACAUGACCGGAUACUUUGCGGAAAACAAUAAUCUGGAAGCUGCCGAAAAAUUAUUUAAAUUGAGUUCACUUUUGAGUUAUCACAUGGAUGAAUUGAGACAACGAAAGAAAGACAUUGGCGCCCAGUGGAAGUUGGAAACUCUGGAAGCCGCUACCACAAAUCCUUCUCCAAUCGAUAUACCACGAAAACCGGCCGUGUUGGAAAAACAAGCGUUCGCAAUGGUACUUGAAAACAUCAAUAAACCGAUUUCGGAGGUGCCACAAUCCACCUCAACAUCUUCCAAAGUUCACCCGUUAUGCUCGGCCCUCGUGAAUUCACGCCCGGACAUCACAAAUUCCACAAGCUCGAGAACCCCAGACCUCCCAAAGAUGCACGUCGAUUGGAAUGAACCGUCAUCUCAAGAAACAAAAUGCCCUGACGGGCGAGAUUUAUUGGAAAAUUCGGAAACACGCGUCCAGAUACAACAAACAAACAAUGAACCUACCCCGCCGGAAGAUGGUGAUUCCGAGAUUGGAGAUGAUGCG